AUGACGUGUAGGCAGUACACCUUGUGCGAUAACUCUCUUAAUGAAAUAAUCCCAGAUUGUGAGGAAGUUAAUUUAAGAAAGAGACAUGUUGCUACAGCUUGCAAGGAUGGCACACCUCGCGAAGACGGCACACCAAGCGAGGACGGCACACCAAGCGAGGACGGCACACGAAGGGAGGACGGCACACCAAGCGAGGACGGCACACCAAGCGAGGACGGCACACCAAGCGAGGACGGCACACCAAGCGAGGACGGCACACCAAGCGAGGACGGCACACCAAGCGAGGACGGCACACCUUGCGAGGACGGCACACCUUGCGAGGACGGCACACCAAGCGAGGACGGCACACCAAGCGAGGACGGCACACCAAGCGAGGACGGCACACCAAGCGAGGACGGCACACCAAGCGAGGACGGCACACCUUGCGCGGACGGCACACCUUGCGCGGACGGCACACCUUGCGCGGACGGCACACCUUGCGCGGACGGCACACCUUGCGCGGACGGCACACCUUGCGCGGACGGCACACCUUGCGCGGACGGCACAGCUUGCGAGGACGGCACACCUUGCGAGGACGGCACACCUUGCGAGGACGGCACACCUUGCGAGGACGGCACACCUUGCGAGGACGGCACACCUUGCGAGGACGGCACACCUUGCGAGGACGGCACACCAAGCGAGGACGGCACACCUUGCGAGGACGGCACACCAAGCGAGGACGGCACACCAAGUGAGGACGGCACACCAUUCGAGGACGGCACUCCAUUUGAGGACGGCACACCAUUCGAGGACGACACACCAUUCGAGGACGGCACACCAUUCGAGGACGGCACACCAUUCGAGGACGGCACACCAUUCGAGGAUGGCACAUCAUUCGAAGAUGGCACACCAUGUGAGGAUGGCACACCAUGCAGGGACAGCACACCUCACAAGCACUGCACACUUAGUGAAGACUGCACACCUGUGAAGUUAGGAUGCCUUGUGAAGACAGCUCGCCCUGCAAAGACACCUUCAGAACACAAGACACCAAUAAAAUUGCACACCUACUGA